AUGAUCAAUAAUUUUAUUAUAAGAUAAUUGUUCAACCUGGUUCUUGACAAUAUAAUGGAUAACUAAAAUGUACCAAAUUCAAAAAAAGCAUCUAUAGAUCAAAAUGAUAUAAUUAAAAAUGGUUUCAAUCUGAUGAAAAAAUAAAAUAGGAAAUAUAUGAAGGUGUCUUUGUAGACUAAAUAGUAGCUUCACUUAAUGGUUUAUUAACAAGGAAAAAAAAUAAAAGAAGUAAAUGAUUUAGAUUUAAUGAUUUAUAGGCUGCAAAAAUUCUUGGUAUAAAGUAUGCAACAGCAAAAACAAUAGUAUUUCACAAAAGACAAAAGAGGAAGGCAAGAGGGAAAUGUGGUAUAAAAAUGUGUGGUUAUACAAAAAAGAUGGGAAAUAGAGUUUCUUAUUUUCAGAUCAUUUCUAUAACUGGUAUUGUUACAAAGUAUAGUAUGGAGUAUAUGAUGUGA